CGUCGCAACUGCACACCUCGAUCGUACAUAUUGAAUAUUGAGUAUUGAGUGUUGAAUACUGGAUAUUGAGUAUUGGAUACUGGAUACUGGAUACGGGAUACGGGAUACUGGAUACGGGAUAUCUAGCACAUACCAUGGCGCAACCCCCGGCCGAGAAACUGCACACCGCGUGCGAUGAAUGCCGCACCCGCAAACUGCGCUGCGAGGGCAGCAGACCCGCGUGUGCGCGCUGCGCCCGCGACGGCGGGGUGUGUGUGUACUCGCCGCAGAAAGCCAUGGGGCGGCCGCGGAAGAGGAGGAGGGGGAGCGUGGAGGGCGGGGAUGGCGGGGUGAGAGAGGAGGGUGUGGGUGUUGCGAAUGAAGGGUUGGGUGGGUUUGCGGUGCAGCGGGGUGGGGGGCUGGUGUCGCCGGCGCCGGAGGAGGGGGAGGGGGGUGUGGUGGCUGGGGGUGGAGGGUAUGUCCAAGACCAAGACCCUGGUCUCGUUGGAGUGUACGACGACAUCGACUUCGGCCUGACACCGCCUCUGGACCCCUCCCUCUGGACCACCGACUUCCCCCUCUCAACCCCCGUGCCCACCGACUACCCCCUCUCAACCCCCCUAACCGCCCUCACCCCCGCCGACCAAUCCCCCCUCCCCCCCUGCCCCUGCCUCUCCCUAACCUACCUAACCCUCACAAAACUGCACACGAUCCCGCUCUCCUUCCCGCUCGUCCUCGCCCCCCUCCGCGACGCCAUGACCACAAUAACCACCCUGACCGCAUGCCCAACAUGCCCCCUCGACGCCUUCAGCGCGGGCCAAAACAUAUCCGCGCUAGUCUCGCUCUUCCGCGCACUGCUCUCGCGCAUCAGCGCCGCGCUCGCAGAAACCGAUCGCGAGGCUGCGCGCCUCGCGGCCGCGGGCGCGACGAAGCUGUUUCGCGUCGGCGACGCGAGCGCAGCGCUGGCGCACUUGCACACGGGGACGCGCGCGUGUCCGAUGGGCGUCGAUGUCGCGCUGCGGGCGGAGGAGUGGCGGGUGGUAGUCAAGGCGGCGCUGCGGGGGCUGGUGGAGGGGGGCGGGACGACGGUGGGGGCGUUGCUGGAGGAGGCGGAGGCGCGGCAGCAGCGGUGGCAUGCGGAUGAGGGGUUUAUGGAGCGGGCGUGGGGGGCGAAGGGGCGGUGUGAGGGGCCCAGGCACGGCGCGUGUGAGACGCUGAAUGCGGCGCAUAUCAGGCGGUUUGUGGGCAUGUUGGACUGGGAUUGA